CAGUCGGGGGCACAGAGAGGGGAAUGACUCGUGAGUUUUGAUUGAGAAGGGUUGACUUCAGUCUGUGGUGGCUAACAGAGCACACGUCAAAACAAAACACGGUCAUGUUGCAGCGGUGCGUUUUUAAGAGAUUGUUUCAGUUUCCUUCAGGGAAUCAAGAAACCACCAAAAGUUUGUUGCUCGGGUUUUCCAUACCGCUGCUGAAUGGAAACAGAGCUGCAGCACACAGGAACAAAUCAAGUGUUCCAGAUGUGAAGGAGCAGACUCUUAUAGCCGUAAAGCCAGAUGGAGUUCAACGUCGUCUUGUCGGACAAAUCAUUUGGCGUUUUGAGCAGCGGGGCUUCAAGCUGGUUGGCCUGAAAAUGUUGCAGGUUUCUGAGGAUCUGCUGUCUCAGCACUACUGUGAACUGAGGAAGAAGCCCUUCUAUCCCAGCCUGCUGCAUUACAUGACCUCAGGUCCUGUGGUUGUCAUGGUGUGGGAAGGACUCAAUGUAGUCCAGACAUCACGUGUGAUGGUGGGAAAUACUAACCCAGCCGAGGCUCAGGCAGGCACAGUCAGAGGAGAUUUCAGCUUUCAUGUCAGCAGGAAUGUGGUCCAUGCCAGCGAUUCACUGGAGGGUGCUCAGAGGGAAAUCCAGCUGUGGUUUCAGGGAAAAGAGCUCCUGAACUGGGAUUGCUGUGACCAGAGCAUCACCUGUGAGGUGUGAAGACACUGAGAGUCGAACGCAGUGAGAAUCAGUAAUACUAUCGCUUCUCCUGCCACUGCUCAAAAGGUCUGUCUCCUCUGGCAGUUUGACCACAGUGACUGAAAAAGAUGACUCAUGUUCAGUGUUCCUACCAAAUAAUUUACCUCAGUCAGGAAACGUACAAUGACAUUUUUUUGUUGAAACAAAUGUCACUGAGAUUUUAUUAUUGACGCUACAUUAGCAAGUAUACAUUUAGCUGUAACAUCUUUCAUUGAACAGGUCUUUGGUCUCAGGAUGAAAUGUGUAUAGUCAUCAUUUGUCCUUUAGUCCCCUGAAGUGGAUACAAUACGUGUGAAACGUGGACCUGCACUGUGGUCAUUGUGUGCAUGACAGAUGUAGAAAAUUUCCUUGGAUCAGUGGCUGAUUUCCAACUGAAAUAUUUGAAUUGCUUGUGCCUCAAAGCAGAUGUAACAUUAGAAUGUAUUCCACAAUCACCUAAUAUGCCAAAGUCCUUCUGACACAUAGCUAAAAUCUGGUGUGCUUGUUUAUAUUAAACAUUCUGGCUUCUAUCCUAAAAUAAUAAUGCUCAAUAGUCUAAAUAGUCAGAGGUAUAGAUAGUCUAAACAGAUCUUAUAUUUAAUCAAAACCAACUUCAAGUAGUACCAAAAAAUCUUUAUUGCCCACACUGUAAAAACUGUAAGACCUAUUUUAAUUGCUCUGCUGUAGGAUGACUACACUGUACACUACAGUGUUCUACUGUACAUACAAACGUUACAUAUAACCUGAACUCAACUGUGAUCCAGCAGGCUGAUGCAUAAAGUAUCUCAUCAUCAACAUUUAUAGAGAUUUGAAAUUUUUUUUUUUUAAAUACAAAUUUUUCAAGAGUUUGCAAUCCUGUUUUUAUGCAGUAGUGUUGUUUUUGUGGAUAAUGAAAAGCAAUUUAAUAAAGAAACUAAGUUAAUCGCUCACUUGAACUACAUUCUCAAAUGUCAUUAUUCUACUUAGAGUACAUUUGAAUAACUGAAAUUGUUAAGUACCUCUGUUUGAAAACAACUGUGGAGCAGAAAAAUAAAAUACGAGGUUGAAUGGUU